AUGGAAAUAUUCUAUUCUAUCUCCAAUUCCCGCAGAGUAAAGAAAUAUCUCGACGAAGCAACCAAAGAAUCCGUACUCGAGGAUCUCACCAAAGUGCUCGCUUCUUACUGGGUGGGUGCUAAAGACGUGUGGACUGUUUUCUUUCUUCACAGUUUCCAAGAGGAAUACGACCGCUACUGGGACGUCGAGAGCCUCCGCCAGUUCCUCGCCAGUCGGCAUCCGGGACUUGAUUCCCAUGAGACGACGUAUCUGCUAUGGCGGUGUCUGCAUUUCUACGCGCAUUAUCCGUUCGCGCGCAAUUCUCGUGGGAGCAGGAUCGAUUUAAAGGGGUUCCAACGGGCGGUUGCCUUACUCGUGUUUCGGGGGACGGAUUCACUAGGGACUCAGCAGCCAGGGGAUCACUACCGGCGUCAUGACGAGGCGUUAUUUCGGGAAGCCGAUUUGAGGAGGAUGCUUAGAAGUAUUAGCGAACCCGCGCAAUUCUAUUCUGCGGAGAAGCAGUGGGCAGUGGACGAUGUAAUGGACGUGCUGGCAACGACGCAACCUCACUCGACCACUCUGGCGCCGUCGCCGGAUCACGUGCGAGAGGCAGCCGAAAGGAUACUGUCUAGGGACUCAAUGAAGCAUCGUCUUUGUCGAGAUGAGUUCUCACUCUUCGUUCGGUUACUCCUCCAGCUGAGAGUGUGGGGUGUCGAAGGGUCAUGUUUGCCUUCUGGGAUGUUCAAUGGCGACUCGUCAUCUGCUUGCCAGGAACUGGCGGACAGUAUUGUGGAUGCGAUCUGUUGUGAAGACCAGACGAUCGAUGCAGGAAUUGUGGCCGAUGUUCUGCCGGGUCUUCGCGAGCAAUUCUACCGCCUCUGGGGAGUUAUAUUCCAGCCUCGCAGUCUACAGGAGACGACUGUACCACCAGAGCAAUGUUUACCGAACCGUAUCCUGGCGGCAGUUUCUCUUUUGCUUCCAUUCGCCAUGGAGGCCUCCGGGCCAAGUGAUGCCGGCUUAAAAUUGCUGCCUCGGAUGGAAGACCUGGGAAUGGACCUUCAACUUGAGCAAAUUCGAGGCAGUGACUAUCCACAUAUUCUGUUGUUUACCAAUAAGACUUGUACAGCUGUGGUAGGGGCAUAUAUCCCUAAUCCUUCCGGUCUACUAGACACUAGCGGUCAUUUUCUCUUUCAACUGUGUCCCAGGUUCUGUCUGUUACGAUCGACUAAGCUCAGACCAUCGCUGGAAGAGGCGUUCCAUGCUGAGAAAAAUGUAUCCUCGCUCAGCACCGUCACAACGGAUCAGAAACCGUCACUUCCCUAUGCGAUAUGUCAUGAAGAAGGAGGGGCUCUUCUAAGCGUUGAUCCGCAAGGUCUGACAGUCACGAUGGUUGUCAAUCUGACUGAAUCAAGUGAAGAGAAACCCAUCUAUACAAAUAUGUGCAAGGACCAGGACCGAGAAUGGGAGCUUACAGUCCACCCUGCGCAACUGCAUAUACUCUGCAUUAACCCCAGCGCCAGCACGCCAACCUGGGGCAGGAAUGCAAGCAAGGAGGGGGUCAGUGGUCAGGAAUUGCGGAACAGGAUUCAAGGUUUUGGGUCUUGUAACUGCGAAAAUACCAAACCCUAA